GAAAAUUCACCCAAACCAAAAACUAUAUUUUUGUAAAAUUUGUGACAAAACCUUUUCUCGAAAUAAUUCCUUAAUGACACACAUGACAACUCACACGGCUAAGACACCUUUCACAUGUUCCACCUGUGGAAAACAUUACUCUCACAAUUGUCGAUUAAUUGAUCACAUGAGAAUUCAUACAGGGGAAACACCGUUCACAUGUGCAGCUUGUGGAAAAAGUUUCCAUCAAAACGGCACUUUAAACAAACACAUGAGAAUUCACUCGGACAAGAGGCCUUACACAUGCACAACCUGUGGGAAAAGUUUUGUGUCUAACUGUCAGUUACUUGAUCACAUGAAAAUUCACACAGGUGUGAAGCCUUUCUCUUGUGGGACUUGUGGAAAAUGUUUCACUCUUAAAAAAAGAUUAACUGCUCACAUGAGAUUUCACACGGGUCAGAACACUAUUUCUUGUGUCACUUGUGGAAGAAAUUUCUUGUAUAAAUCUAAAUUAGUUGACCACAUGAGAACUCACACGGGUGAGAAACCUUUCUCAUGUGGGACCUGUGGAAAAAAGUUCUCUUAUAAACGCAGUUUAAAUCUUCACAUGAGAACUCACACUGGUGAGAAACCUUUCUCCUGUGAGAUCUGUGAAAAAAGUUUUACUUAUAAAAAUAGCUUAGCUGCUCACGUGAUAACUCACACAGGUGAGAAACCUUUCUCAUGUGGGACCUGUGGAAAAAAGUUCUCUUAUAAACACAGUUUAAAUAUUCACAUGGGAACUCACACUGGUGAGAAACCUUUCUCAUGUGGGACCUGUGGAAAAAGUUUUUCUUAUAAAAAUUUUUUAAAUCUUCACAUGGGAACUCACACUGGUAAGAAACCUUUCUCAUGUGGGACCUGUGGAAAAACAUUCACUCAAAAAUACUAUUUAWCUUCUCACAUCAGAAUUCACACAUGUGAGAAGUAG